AGAACUGUCUGCACGUGCGCGCGACGGGCGGCCGGAUGGCUGUGUUCCGCAGCCUAGCUGGGGUCCGUGCGGUGCCGGGGCUCUGGUGGGGGGCGGCGCGCGCGGCGGCGGGGCUCCGGGGCCGCUGCCCCGGAAGAGGCUACGCCGCGGACCCGGCACAGAACCCACCCACUUUUGGGUUCCUGUUGGACAUUGAUGGAGUGCUGGUGCGGGGUCACAGAGUGAUCCCCGCUGCCCUGGAGGCAUUCCGUAGGCUGGUGAACUCUCGUGGGCAGCUGCGGGUGCCCGUGGUCUUUGUCACAAAUGCCGGGAACAUCUUACAACAGAGCAAAGCUCAGGAGCUCUCAGCCCUGCUGGGGUUCAAGGUGGAGCCAGACCAAGUCAUUCUCUCUCACAGCCCCAUGAAGCUCUUCUCCCAAUACCACAACAAGCGGAUGCUGGUGUCUGGGCAGGGGCCCCUGGUGGAAAAUGCCCGAGUACUGGGCUUCGAGAAUGUGGUUACUGUGGACGAGCUGCGGAUGGCCUUUCCUGUGCUUGACAUGGUGGAUCUCCAGCGGCGGCCGAAGACCACGCCCCUUCUAAGGAACGACUUCCCUGCCAUUGAAGGGAUACUCCUCCUUGGAGAGCCUGUCCGCUGGGAGACAAGCCUGCAGCUCAUCAUGGAUGUCCUUCUCAGCAAUGGGAACCCUGGGACUGGUCUGGCGACAGCCCCCUAUCCCCAUCUUCCUGUCCUGGCCAGCAACAUGGAUCUCCUUUGGAUGGCUGAAGCCAGGAUGCCCAGGUUUGGCCAUGGCACCUUUCUGCUGUGCCUGGAAACCAUUUACCGGAAAAUGACGGGCAAAGAGCUGCGAUACGAGGGCCUGAUGGGCAAACCCAGCGUCCUCACCUACCAGUAUGCAGAGGACCUGAUCAGGCAGCAGGCGGAGAGGCGGGGCUGGGAGGCCCCCAUCCGCAAACUCUAUGCUAUUGGUGAUAAUCCUAUGUCUGAUGUCUACGGUGCCAACCUGUUCCACAAGUACCUGCAGAUGGCGAAGCAUGAUGGGCCGGAAGAGCAGGGGGCCAGUGGCUUGUGGAAGCAGCGACCCUCAGCAACUCAGAGCUGCGCCUCUAUCCUGGUGUGCACGGGCGUGUACAAUCCCAAGGGCGCGGAUCCCUCCCAGCCUGCCCAGGGAACAGAGGAGGCUCCGUUCCACGGGCACCGGGACUUCAGCUUCAGCCCGGGGCUCAUGGAGGCGUCCCAUGUUGUGAACGAUGUGAACGAGGCCGUGCAGCUAGUUUUCCACAAGGAGGGUUGGGUUUUGUAGUGAGGGCUGUGCUUUGGAGGCAAGGGGGCAGGAGGGGCCCUGGAGCUUUAAGGGAGUCCUCUUGACUAGCUUCUGGCCUGGAUCACUGGGCAUCAAGUCAGGGCUGCUUCCUGUGACACUUCCGCUGCCCCACAGGGUGUUAUUAACUGGUCACUUGGAAGAAGACCCUAGCUUUUUCUCCUGCUAGGCAAUAGCUACAGAAUUGUAUCUGGGUAGCAUUUUGGGUACAACAAAAUGUACAGGAUUUUCUGGACUCAGUUCCUUCCUGAUUCUCCUGGCAUUCUGACCUCAGGCUAGUCCCUUUACCUCUGUGCCUCAGUUUCGUCUCUCAUUUCAGUAGGGACUUCUGAAAAAGGGGGAAGUGGUAGGAAGUAAUGUGGAAAUUUCUGCAGAGCCUUGCCUGCAUUGAAGGCACCACUGCGUGCCAGCAAGGUAUGUUGCUAACACUAAGAUACUGCUUUUUACUGUAUUUUUAGCUUAUUGCCCAGAGAUUUUUGGGCUAAUUUUUUUUAAUUGAAAUAAUCAUAAUAAAUAUUCAUUAUGCUGUC